UCAGAGUAAGUUUAAAUUUACCAAUCCAAACGCUACUUGGAUUCCCGCCUCAGUGGUAAAACCCCGCCCCAUUGAGCACGUCGCUGGGCAUACGGACCAAUCAGCGAAGGUCAUGAGCCUCCUACCAAUCCCAACGCAACUAGCGUCCUUGUCUGUUCCGGAGGCAGUUGUUAGGAAGGCCCACCUCUUUUCCCGCAGUCGCUUGUCUUCUGUCACGUGAUCGCCAAAGGGGCGGGCUCGCGCUGACAGUUCCCCACCGGGGGAUGUGGGAAAGGUGGUGUCUGGGCUCCGCCAUUUUGCACCGAAGGGCCGUACGUUUCACUUCCUAAGCUGUGUUUUCUUUCCUUCCCCGCUUUGUGGCCGGUCCUCUUGGCCACAGAUCUCGGAGCCUUCUCCAACUCACAAACUUUUCCGGUUGCCGAUUCUAGGAUUUUAUCCACAACUAGGCCAUUUUCCCUUCCUGGUGUCCUUUUUGACCUCUUGACCCCUGGCUCAAAGCCACUGCUCAGCUCCCCAGUUGUGGAACUCGGUUCUAAAAUCUAUAUCCUUGUGACAGAAUCUUUGGGGAACUCCUCCCUUUUCCUGUUCUUAAUCCCUCAACCCCUUCUGAAGGCCCCAAAAUGACUUCUUUAUGCUCUGCUCCCAUAGAAUCCUCAGUCCCUCCUCCAAGAACCCCUGCACCCCAGCCCCUCAUUUCACCUCCUCUACUCCCAAAACCCUUGGACUUAUCUUUUCCACUGACUCCCUGUUGCCAAACCCCUAUCCCCCCGCCACCUCUACCUCCUCCACCCCCUGCCAUGCGGGCUGCUCCCCCUCACGUCUAUGGCCUGGAGAAGCACCAGCUCCUGAAGGAGGCCUUGGAGAAGGCCGGCCCAAACCCUAAGGGCCGAGAAGAUGUGAAGAGGCUCCUGAAGCUACACAAGGACCGGUUCCGCAGUGACUUGCAGUGGAUCCUCUUCUGUGCCGACCUGCCGUCGCUCAUCCAAGAAGGCCCUCAGUGUGGAUUGGUGGCAUUGUGGAUGGCAGGCGCUCUCCUGUCUCCGCCCAGUGGCGUCCCCCUGGAGACACUUGUGCGAGUGGCUGUGGACAGAGGCUACACGGCACAAGGAGAGAUGUUCUCCGUGGCAGACAUGGGCAGGCUGGCCCAGGAGACAAUGGGCUGUCAGACUGAGCUGCUUCGCAGUGGCCUGGGCGGCCCCAACAGAGACCUUGUCCUGCAUCACCUCAUUACUGGACAUCCCCUGCUCAUCCCCUACGAUGAAGACUUCAACCAUGAGCCAUGUAAGAGGAAGGGCCACAAGGCCCACUGGGCAGUCAGCGCAGGUGUCCUGCUGGGAGUGCAGGCUGUGCCAAGCCUUGGCUAUGCUGAAGACCCAGAGCUGCCUGGCCUCUUCCACCCAGUGCCCAGCACACCCUGCCAUCCACCACCCUUGCCCAAGGAAAGCUCCUCAGGAGCCAUCUUCCUUCUCUGUAAGCAGGGAAAGAGUUGGCACUACCAACUGUGGGAUUAUGACCAAGUCCAGGAGAGCAACCUGCAGCUGACAGACUUCUCGCCCUCUAGGGCUGCUGAUGGGCGGGUGUACGUGGUGCCUCCCGGGGGGGUGCGGGCCGGCCUCUGUGGCCAGGCUCUGCUCCUCAGACCAUGGGUGUCGAGCCACUAGCUGGGGCACCUGCCUGCAGCUUGGCUUUGUCACCAUUUGAAGAGUGUCCCAGCUUUUCCCCCUGCGUAUAGGCUGGAUCCCCAACCCGUCCCAUCUCUACCCUGAGCAUCUGCCCAAGCCGUCUCUUCCAGUAUUGGUACUGACCCCUCUAUUUCAGGAGACACUGGUGGCAAGCAGACCCUAUGUCCUAUCCACCUCCCUUUCUGGGGUCUACGUCAUCUAAGUCACUGUCACCUCAUUAGAUACCUGCAGGAGGCCACCCACCCACCCACCCAACAUGCUGUUCUGCUCCCAGGACAGGGGCUAAGCCUGUGUUCCUCUGCUUCCCUCUCCUUGGCCCAAGUUCUUCUUCACCCUCUGCUUGCCUGCCUGCCAUGCUGGUCUCAGGUCCCCAGAGGCCCAGGCUAUGCCCUAGCCCUGUGCUAAAGAUCACUCUUCAACUUCUCCAUGUUGACUCAGGAUCGCUUCCUCAGAGAAGAAGUCCUCAGCCCAUGCUGCUACCAGUCCUUUCAAUUUGUGGUUUGAAGUAUGGUGUCAUUAAACUGUAGGGUUUUAAAGCCCGUCCUAGAGAAGUUACCUGUGCAACCCCCUUUCCAACAAUUCCCACCCCAAACAGGAAGACCUGGAUUCCCCGUCUUAGAACAUCUGUUGCACAAAAUCCCUGAGACCUCUCCACAGGAUUCUGAAGUCUGAGACAUCGGAGAGCAUGGGGAUGGCUUUCUUGUAUCAGUAAGAGCUAGCUUGGGUCUCUCUUCCUCUUACAAAGCCACUGUUACCUCAGAGCUCCACCCUGGUGACCUCAACUAAUCCCAAAGACACCUCAGAGGCCCCACUUCCAGACACCAUCAGCAUGUGAAUUGGGGGAGCCAGGUUUCCAACAGAUGAACUUUGGGGAAACUGUCACAUCCUAGCACCCGUCCCCCAUUUGACGAAUGACUAGAUGGAGACCUGAAGUAGUAAGGUCACUGGCUGCAGUCACACAGCUGGCAAGUGGCAGGAUUGGGAUUCAGAACAAGUAGCCUCUGGCCAUCAGCCAGGCCACUAUGUGGACCCCUGAAGCUCACGGCAGAGCGGGCCACAAACUGUUCUUCCCAUCUGUCUAUACAGAUAAAGGUAGUUACAGAAUGAAUGGGAUCCUCACGAGUAAGUACCAGGUGCCUCCUCCACGCUGAAAGGGAGUCUAUCGGUCUCGGUCAUGGCAGUGUUUCCAGUGCCCAGAAAAGGGUCUUGUGUAAGGACACUGUACCGUGUAGUGGUUCUGACCGAUAAAGAGGAGAUGUGACCCCAUCUCAGCCUUGAUGUGUUGGAGCUGUCCCAGG